GCUAAUGUGCCAGUGCCCGCGGAAGCUCUGGGCUUGCUUUCUGCGCUUAGCAAACGAGCACAGAAGGAAGGCAGGGCUCCCUGGCUGGGAGGAGGGAGGAGAGCUGAAGAUCCCAGCCUGGGCCGGCUCAGCUAAGCAAAGUGGGCAGCUCAGUGCUUGAAAGAGGAUUUUGCUCGCACUAGAUCUGUGGUUCUCUGGUCAGCGAGUCCUGGCAAUGAAGCCACUGCCGAUGGUGCAAGGAAUUCUGGGAUGUCUGACAGUGAAAUGGAUGGAAGGGCUCACAUUCCAUCUCUACUUAAUGCUCUUUUGUCCAGAAACCGGGUCAUGCAGAUGAGCUCCUUGAAAAGUAAAGAACAAGGCUAUGGGAAGCUAAGCGGCGAUGAAGACCUCGAAAUAAUUGUUGAUCCGAAGCAGGGGAAAGGCUCUAGGGCGGCAGAUAAGGCUGUUGCCAUGGUGAUGAAGGAGAUACCGAGGGAGGAGUCUGCCGAAGAAAAACCCCUCCUUACUGUGACAUCACAGCUGGUGAAUGAACAGCAGGAAAGCAGGCCCCUCCUGAGCCCCUCCAUCGACGACUUCCUCUGUGAAACCAAAUCCGAGGCUGUGGCGAGGCCAGUCACAUCCAACACCGCAGUGUUGACCACUGGCUUGGACCUCCUUGACCUGAGUGAACCUGUCUCUCAAACCCAAACCAAAGCCAAGAAGUCUGAGGCCUCAUCCAAGAGCUCAUCCCUAAAGAAGAAAGCUGAUGGGCCCGACCUCAUCAGUGCAGAUGCUGAGCAGAGGACCCAGACUCUGCGGGGCUCUGAGACCUCAUCCUUAGAUCUAGACAUCCAAACACAACUGGAAAAAUGGGAUGAUGUCAAGUUUCAUGGAGAUCGAACAAGCAAGGGCCAUCCCAUGGCAGAGAGAAAAUUGUGCUCAUCUAGAACCGGAUCAAAGGAGCUCCUGUGGUCCUCAGAACACAGAUCUCAGCCAGAGCUGAGCACAGGGAAGAGCAUCCUCAACCAAGAGUCCACUUCCGAGUUGGAACUAGUAGCUCCGGCACAGGCUCGCCUGACCAAAGAGCACCGCUGGGGGACGGCUUUGCUCUCCAGGAACCACUCCUUAGAAGAGGAAUUUGAAAGGGCAAAAGCAGCAGUAGAGUCAGAUACAGAGUUCUGGGAUAAGAUGCAAGCCGAGUGGGAAGAAAUGGCCCGGAGGAACUGGAUGUCUGAGAACCAAGAGGCUCAGAACCAAGUCACUGUCUCUGCCAGCGAGAAGGGAUAUUACUUUCACACGGAAAACCCCUUCAAGGACUGGCCUGGAGCAUUUGAAGAAGGGUUGAAACGGCUGAAGGAGGGCGACCUGCCUGUCACCAUCCUGUUCAUGGAGGCAGCGAUUCUCCAGGACCCUGGAGAUGCUGAGGCGUGGCAGCUCCUUGGAAUAACCCAGGCGGAGAACGAAAACGAGCAGGCAGCCAUCGUCGCCCUCCAGAGGUGCCUGGAGUUGCAGCCCAACAACCUGAAAGCACUGAUGGCCUUGGCUGUGAGUUACACCAACACGGGACACCAGCAAGAUGCCUGUGAGGCGCUGAAGACCUGGAUUAGGCAAAACCCCAAGUACAAAUACCUUGUCAAGAACAAGAAGGGCUCUCCAGGCCUCACUCGGCGGAUGUCUAAGUCCCCGGUUGACAGCUCUGUUUUGGAAGGAGUGAAGGAAUUAUACUUGGAAGCGGCCCACCAAAAUGGUGACAUGAUCGACCCAGACCUGCAGACAGGUCUUGGGGUGCUGUUCCACCUGAGUGGGGAGUUCAACAGAGCAAUUGAUGCAUUUAACGCUGCCUUAACUGUUCGGCCAGAGGACUACUCACUGUGGAACCGUCUGGGGGCGACCUUGGCAAACGGAGACCGCAGUGAGGAGGCCGUGGAGGCCUACACGAGAGCACUGGAGAUUCAGCCAGGCUUCAUCCGGUCCAGAUACAACCUGGGGAUCAGCUGCAUCAACCUGGGUGCCUACAGAGAAGCAGUGAGCAAUUUUCUCACUGCCCUCAGCUUGCAAAGGAAGAGCAGAAACCAGCAGCAGGUCCCUCACCCCGCCAUCUCGGGGAACAUCUGGGCCGCCCUCAGAAUUGCACUGUCACUGAUGGACCAGCCAGAACUAUCCCAGGCAGCCAAUCUGGGUGACCUGGACGUCCUCCUAAGAGCUUUCAACUUGGAUCCUUGAAGGCAAAGACAAAAAGAGAGAAUAAUAAUCCCUCAUCUGUGUUAUUGUACUGAGAAGGGGAAAAACUAUUUUAUUAUGCAUUUCAACAAAAGGGAUAAAUCAGAUAUUCAAAAGGCCAUGGUCAUAUAACCCAAGGGAAUUGAUUCCUACAAAGUCCAGUCUGUGUUCAGAUACAGAAGCACAAAUAGAGUCAAGGUCAGGUUCAAGAGAACCGAGAUUCUCGAGACAAACCAAGAUAAAAGUAACCGUGUGCUCAUCACAGGUUGCAAGUGUAUUACAAACAUGGUCUUCAAGCUUUCUGUCCCCAGUUGUAGCUGGUGACACAUCUGAGGAGCCUGUUUGUGGGACACACAAGAAAGCAUGGCCUCAGAUCAGGGAAUUCAGACUGUCUCUAACCCGUCUCCCCGAGCUCCUUUUUGCAAGGCUGAGCAUAGUUUGGGCCACUGGUGCAUGCACACGUUAACCUGACUGAAGGCAGGCACUGCGUUACCCUGCUCCAGUUUUAACUUUUACUGUAGCCUUUGUUUCCAGAGAGACAGACAGCUUUGCUGGCAAAAGCAGUUUUUGCACUAGAAAUUUUUGCUGUUCCCAAUGAAAUCUUUUCUGGGAUUGUAUAUAAUAUGCACUUUAAUAUCUUAUUUAUGCCUUGCUGGAGUUCUGGUUUGUGGCUCCAAUUUUUAACUUGGGGGUGAAAGAUUUGGGAACUCAGACUUGUUAACUCAAUGGACCAAAUAAAAAUAUUCUGGAAAAUGGUUUUUCAUAGCAUAGGGUUUUGAACGAGUGUUGACAUAAGGUAUAAAUAUGUCAAGCCCAGUUCUCUUUCACGUGCUUUCUGGAACUAUGAAUCACAGUGGGAGACGAGAUUUGACUCUCCCCUCUCCUCUACAGAAGGAAACUUGUUGGCUCUGAGGUUUCUACUGAGUUUGCAUUAACUUCGCUUACGUGCCACACGUCACUGGCUUUCUAACUACCCUGCACAACAAUAUUCCUUUUAAACUGCUACUAUUUUAAAUGGUAUUUCUUAAGAAUGGUAAAUACAUUUUUUCCUAAAAAUGAUGUUUCCUCAGUUCCGUACGGUCUGCUCUGCCCACGUGUCGCUUGUGAGUGUUUGUAACUGAGACGCUCUGUGCGCCAGUCUCUGAAAGAUGCACAGCCCUUUGACUCUUGUCUUAAAUGUUUACCAGGUAGCAGGCUUCUUCUAUCAGCAGUUUCUUAUUUAAUUGAUUACCUUUCACAUACCCUUCUGAGUAUGUUGUGAGUGUUUGGAAUUAGGUGAUCAUUUUGAAAGAUGCAUUUUAUAAGGAAUUAUGAAAGUCAUUGGCAAAAACCUAACCAAAAUAUCAUUUUGCUCAGACCAAAUUCUAGUAAGAUGUCCUGUUUGUCUUUACUUUGUCCUCUUCCAUCCUGAAUCUUCCUGAAAGCUGUAUGAUUCCCAAAAACUUAAAUUUGGGUCAAAGCAGGGGAAUUAGCUUCCAUGGAUCAGAAAUAUACCCAUAUGCUGAAUGGACUUCUCCAUCUCUGGGGAAUCCCUGCAUUGUGAAGGGCUGAAAUUCCCAUCAACACUAGUCCUAGAGGCUUAUCUAUAUCGCAAGCUGUCUAGUUUAUAAGGACAAAGACUGGAAGCCACUGUGGUUGGUGUCAGGCUUUGCUGUUUGUUGACGAAGCUCCCUGUGGCAGGGCAGUAGCUGGGCAGCUGGAGGCAGAGGCCAUAAGGCACCUGCCCCGGGGCAGAAGUGACAGCUCACGCUUGGCUUAUAGUCUGAGCAGGAAAGGAAAAAUCAAACAUAUGCUCAAGAAUGGCAUUCCCUAGACUAUCAGAAACAUUUGGGGAAGGAUUUCUAGGAGCAGAGUACAGACCACAACACCUGCCUGUCAGGCAUCCCCGAUGGGCCACUGACCAUUCCUGCCUACUUUUCCCUCUUCACUCUGCACAUCAGCCUCUGACCAGUUGACUCAGAUCCGUAAGAGGCCACCAGGAACCUCUGAACUAAGAAUUCAAAGCAACCUUCACAGGAGCUCUGUUCCUGACGCCCAGCUUCUCAGCUGCACCCAGACAUGCCAUAAUUACCAGCUGCACCCUCAGCCAUGCUAACCCUUCACACUUAAGAUCAGUCAGGUCUGCAGCCUGGCCAUAGUAUAAAUGUGCAAUGUUCCAUUUAACUUGACUGCUGCUAAGUGGUCUCAAAUUUCUGUGGCCCCAGAUUAUUUUGCCAUUUGAAUACUAAGUAACUUCAAAUUCCAGGGAGUUAUUUUAGGGACAGUUGACAACUGUCUGUUCCACUGUUACUUGGCAAUUUGUAGUAUAUUCCUUAUUAGACAUGUCAUCUGCAUCUUUUAGUGUUUGCUUUUUAAAUGCAGAACUAUUUGGCUCUUUUCAUCUUCAUGACAAGAGAUUGCCAUUUCCUCCAUCCAUUUGAAAGAGCAGGGCAUCCUCCAGAGGCUCUGGGGGGCCUGUGGAAGAAUCAGGAGCCUGAGUACUCCUGGAGGGCUGGACUCAUUUAUACAGUGGCUACUCAGAAGCUUCCACAGACUGACUUUGCCCGGAAAUUGGAUGGAAAUGCAGAGAAAGCAAGAAAUCCCUGCUGAAUCUCAGACUCUCACAAGUUCUGGGAAACUGUCUCUGUGAGCUACUGUCUCUCAACAGCGAAGAGGAGGCAGAAGAAACGUAGGGCUGGGCAUGUAGCUCAGAGGACACAGUGCUUGCCUAGCA